AGGCCUGCUUGCGAAACGCCAAAACCUCGAGAGCGAGGCCGCGGGCCCAGCCUCCGGCACAGGCAGGGCGCGGCCCUCGGCAGAGAGGAGGCUGGCGGGGGCCAGGGCUGUCUCCAGCCAGCACGAGCUCCGGGCGCACAGGACUUCCAGGAGGGCGGAAGCCUGAAGCGUCGGAUUUCAGAGCGGGGCGGGGAGUCGCCCGCGCAGCCCGCAGCCCUGAUCCCGAGCAGGCGCGCGCGCCAUGGGCAUCUCGGGCCGCGGGAGCGAGUGGAGGAUGCUGGGAAAGAGGUAAUAUGGCCUCCGGCGGCGGAGCAGAGCAGGGUCUACAGCAGGACCCGCUGCAGCUCCCGCUCCCCGCGCAGUCCACGGCCCGCGCCGAGGAAGCCGAGGGCGCCCGCGAGAAGAUGGGCUGGGCGCAGGUAGUGAAGAACCUGGCGGAGAAGAAGGGCGACUUCCGCGAGCCGCGGCGGCGCGACGAAACGGGCAGCGGUGAGAGUGGCGGGCUCGGCAGCCCCGCGGACCAGGCCGCACCGAACCCCGACGACUUCCCACCUGCCGGCCGCGGGGACCCAAAGGGCCGCCGGAGAGACCCUGCGGGCGAGGCGGCAGACGCUUGUAGCAAGAAGGAGGCGGGAGACGCGAGUCGAAGGAAGAAGGCCGAGGUGGCGGCGGCGGCGGCGGCGGCGGAGGAGGAGGAGGCAGCGGCCAUGGCGACCCCCGCCAAGCCCGGCGCGACCGAAGACGCAACUGCAGAGCCACCACUCCAGGAGGAGCCUCCAGCCGCCGGGCCGGGUAAGGGCCGCUUCCUCGUGCGCAUCUGUUUCCAGGGAGAUGAGAGUGCCUGUCCCAGCCGGGAUUUCGUGGUGAGCGCGCUCAUCCUGCGCUCCAUCGGCAUGGACCCUGACGACAUCUACGCGGUCAUCCAGAUCCCCGGCAGCCGCGAGUUCGACGUGAGCUUCCGAUCCGCAGACAAGCUAGCCCUGUUUCUCCGCGUCUACGAGGAAAAGCGGGAGCUGGAGGACUGCUGGGAGAACUUUGUGGUGUUGGGGCGGAGCAGGUCCAGCCUGAAGACCCUCUUCAUCCUCUUCCGGAACGAGACCGUGGAUGUGGAGGACAUCGUGACCUGGCUCAAGCGCCACUGCGACGUGCUGGCCGUGCCCGUGAAAGUGACCGACAGGUUUGGGAUCUGGACCGGGCAGUACAAGUGCGAGAUCGAGCUGCGCCAGGGGGAGGGCGGAGUGAGGCACCUGCCCGGGGCCUUCUUCUUGGGAGCGGAGAGGGGCUACAGUUGGUACAAGGGGCAGCCCAAGACGUGCUUUAAAUGUGGUUCCCGGACCCACAUGAGCGGCACCUGCACGCAGGACAGGUGUUUCAGGUGCGGGGAAGAGGGGCACCUGAGCCCAUACUGCCGGAAGGUCAUCGUGUGCAACCUCUGUGGCAAGAGAGGACACGCCUUUGCCCAGUGUCCCAAAGCAGUUCACAAUAACGUGGCCGCUCAGCCCAACGGCGUGGCGGGGCACUGAACGCGCGACAUAGCCAGCUUAGCCUUGUGCCAAAACUUUUUUUUUUUUUGUGACCAUUUUUUUUUUUAUCUUUCUGGAAGGAGAUGUUUCUAAAACCUAACAGACAUACUCUCUGUGCCUUUUUCAAAACCACGUGUGCCCCUUGUCAGCCUGUUUGAAAAGGACUAUUCAGAACUGUAGCAUGCAGAUAUGUCGCCUGUCCCGUCCCCCCCCCCCUUUCUCCCGUUUUACAUUUGUCUUGAUACUUUCGUCGACAACCUGUCCCCCUCUGUACUGUUUACUACCUCUCUCUUCAUCCAUGUCGCAUUAGAAUAUUUUUGCCCUUUGGGCUGCCUUGCUCAUUUUUAAUGCCUCAGUCCCAGGUACAGUCCCAGGACCAAGUGUUCAUUGAAUGGAAAGUGUCGUCGGCCAGCCCUAUCCAGAGUGCCCAUCUUGUGCAGCUCUCCCCUGGCCUCUUCCCAUUUGCUGCUUCUGUGACAGGAAAAUUUGUGAAAACAGUGUUGCUGGAAGUGUGUAAUCCGAAUAAGCCCUGAAAGGUGGCCAAGGGCAUAAAAAACCUAUCUCCUUUGUGACAGCUCCUUGUGGCUCAGAAGCCACAUUUCUGUAGGAGCAUGGAGCCUAGGCAUUUCUGCUGGGAAAGACCCAAGAGGUGGUUUUUGUUGGAUGUUUUUGGGGGAGGUUGCUUUUUUUUGUGUUUUGAUUUGAGACAGGGUCUCACUGUAUAGUCCUGACUGGUUUGGAACUGGCUGCAUUCGCAGACCAGGCUGGUUUCGAAAUUAGAGUGAUCCUCUCACCUCUGUCUCCCUGAAGGAUGUUUUAAAUUAACCCCUUGGUUUUCCAGCAGAUGAAAUGAACCCAAAGUUAAAUGACUGGGUCAAAGUACACAGCCGUGUGGCGCCUCAGACAGUCCACAGUAGCACCCCCUGCCCCCACGCUGGGUGCUCAUCCCACUACCUCUCACACUUCACACUGGUGGGCCAAGGAAGUCUCUCUCCAGGGUGAUGGUCCCAGCAUGAAGCUGAGACACCAGACACCGUCCCCGGAAAGAGCAGACAGAGAAGCUUGUCUUGCCACUUCAUACAUAGUAAGGGACCUAGGGAAAGGCCCAGUGAACACACUUCCAGGCUGCGUGCAUGCAUCCAUCAGUCCUUGGAGUGAGAACCACAUCUUCAGUGUUCCACUGUCACUGUCACCAGUGAGAAAUGGUUCCCCUCAGGAAAGAACUUGCCAGAUGUUUACAUUUGCACCUCUGCCUUAUCUACUAAGGAACCCCAGAGAAGCUAGAGAGAGAGCUCAUCCGAAACCUUUGACCUCUGACCCUCAGGAGAAAGGUGGUUUUAACCCAGAAUCAUGAGUGAGCUGUAAACUCGAAAAUGUUCUUGGGGAAGCAGGCCAAGAGAGAGGGCCUGAGUGAACUGAGUGUUAUCAUGUUAAAGUGAAGACAGUCAGCUGCUUUUUUCGGUUUGUGUCUCCUCUUUGCAGUUUUGCUAUUUUCUUGUGGCUUAGAAUGUAAAACCAGUUGUUCAGAUUUGUUCUGAAUAAAUAUUUAUCUUUUGUA